AUGACUGAUCUUAAUCAGUCAAACACAAAAGAUCAUGAUCAAAAACGAACCGUUACACAUCUCCAUCGUUCAUUAAGAGAAAAUUGGACAACAGGUAUUUUACGUGAUGAACUAGCACUUCUUGAUUUAUUAACAACGGGUCGUCGACGAAUACCUGAUAAUGUAAUUGAAACUGAAAUGCAACAUCAAUUUAAAAAUCCAAAAUUAAAAAGUAUACAACAUUUAAAACAUAUUGAACAAAAUCGACUUGGUCGUUAUGCUUAUACACCAAAAGAAAAUCCACCGAGAGGUGCCAUACCAACAUUCAAUGAUAAAGCUUAUCCUGAAAUCAUUCCACGAUUUUAUUUACCUAAAAUGCCAUUUUAA